CUGCUCAAUGUCGUGGAGAACUCCGUGCGCGGCUGGGCACAACAUGCGGCGCAUCGCCGUCAUCGGCUCUGGGAUCACAGGUGUCACCACUGCCCGGGCCCUCCUCGCUCGCGGAUUUGAGGUCACCGUCUUUGACCGGCACCGCUAUGCGGCCAUGGAGACGUCGUUUGCCAACGGCGGGCAGCUGUCGGCAUCCAACGCCGAGGUGUGGAACUCGUGGAGCACCCUCCUGAAGGGCAUCAAGUGGAUGACGCAGCGCGACGCGCCGCUGCUCGUGAACCCGACUCCGUCGUGGCACAAGCUCUCCUGGAUGAGCGAGUUUGUGUCGCAGAUACCCAACUAUCGAUCGAACACGAUCGACACGGUCAAGCUCGCCAUCACAGCGCGCGAGCUCCUGAUACAGCACGCCGAGGCGUACGGCUUCGACUUCAACCGCGAGGACCGCGGCAUCCUCCACGUGUACGAGGACCCAAAGGAGUUUGCGCACGCCACGGAGGUGACCAAGCUGUACCUCGAAGGCGGUCUCGAGCGGCACGCCGUCAGCCCGGAGGAGAUCGCCCAGCUCGAGCCCGCGCUCGCCACCAAGAGCAGCGCCUUUGUCGGCGGCUUCUUCACGCCCUCCGACUUUACCGGCGACAUCCACCGGUACACCGUCGGCCUGGCCACCGGCAUCGAGGAGCAGGGCGUCAACUUCGAGCUCGGCACGGCCGUCGAGCGCCUCUCACACCACGCUGGAGGCGUCGACGUCGUCCUCGCGCGCGGCGAGGGGGAGAGCGGCGCCCCUCAGAGCGAGACGUUCGACGGAGUGGUCGUCUGCGCGGGCGUCCGCUCGCGCGACUUCGCGGCCCAGCUGGGCGACCGCCCCGGCUACUCGAUCACCGUCAACAUGAAGGACGAGGCGAGCCAGCGCGCGGCGCCGUGGGUCUCGCUGCUGGACGACAAGGCAAAGAUCGUCACGAGCGACCGCUUCCGCAUCGCCGGCACGGCUGAGUUUAACGGGUACAACUAUGACAUCCGGCAGGAGAGCUGA